GGGCACCGCCCCUCCGCAGCCAUGGCGGCGCGGCUGAAGCCGUGCGUGGUGCGGCGGGGCGACGGGCGCGAGCAGCACGGGCUGGCCGCCUCCUCCCUGCGGGAGCUGCGCGAUAAGGCUGGCCGCGCUCUGGCUAUCGGCGAGGACGGGCGGCCCAUCACCUUGGUGCUGGCGGAGGAUGGCACCAUCGUGGACGACGAGGACUACUUCCUGUGCCUGCCCUCCAACACCAAGUUCGUGGCGCUGGCCGAGGGCGAGAGGUGGUCCGGGAGGAGCGCAGACAGCAGAUCGGCCUGGCUCUCAGAGCCUGCGGAUGAAGUGGACAGCGGUGCAGAGAGGUGGAGGCAGCUGGCGCGGCAGCUGAGGGCUGACCUGUCCAACAUCAUCCUCAUGUCUGAAGAAGACCUGCAGGUGCUUAUUGAUGUACCACGUUCGGAUCUGGCAGAGGAACUUGCCCAGAAUCAAACCAAAACCCAGGUAUUGCAGGACACCCUGCAGCAGGUGCUGGACAGACGAGAAGAGGAACGUCAGUCAAAGCAGCUUCUGGAACUCUACUUAGAGGCCUUGAAAAAUGAAGACAGUAUCUUAAGCAAAGUAGCAGAGUCUGAGAGUGUACCAAGAAAGGAGAUGGAUGUGGUUGACACGGGUACCAGCAGUGCAGGUGCUUCAGCCAGAACAGCCCUCAGUGAUCACAUCUUUGCUGUUUUGAAAGAGAAACCUGCCCCAGAGCUCUGCUUGGACAGUCAAACUCUAGAGCUGGUGGUGAAAGAAGACACACAAGCCCUGGCUGCAGCUUUAAGCUGGGACAAGCAAAAAGCCAAAGCUGUACAACAGGCUUGCGAUCAGGAGCUCUCCAAGCGUCUACAGCAAGUGCAGACUUUGCACUCCCUGAGGAGCACAUCAAGGGGCAAGAAAGCACUACCUUGUGGAGAUGGGCUUAGUUCAAAACGCAAAAAAUAAGACUAUAGCUCUGCCUCAAGUGUCAGGGAAAUGCAAGCAGUUGUGGGUUGCAUUUUUUUGUUGUUGUUGUUGUUUUUUUUAAUUAGAACCUACAGAAAUAAGGUAUGUCCUGGGAGCCAUAGUUUGCUGGUCAUACUGUGGUCUGGCUGCAGAAAACUAAAAUUUGGACAUUGUCCUGAGGCAUAAAUACUUGUGAUGAUUCAAAUCAUGUGUAACCAAAGGGAUUUGGACUUUUUGCAGAGUACAAGAACAAUGGUAUUGCUAAACACAGCGUGUAAGAGUUCAGCUUUGAAUAGCUCGUUGGGGUGGGAGCCAGAAAAUUCCAUCUGAUAAUGCUGAUCAAGCUCUGAAGCCUCAGACACUUUGCUCACCUUCCCACCAUUUUCAGCAGAAAGGAUGAAAAUUACCAACAUCCUUAAUGAACAGAAAGCAGGCAUUUUGAUCAUUGCUCACUGAACACAGCAUGUUGGGGUUUUUGGGGGGUUGGGUUUUUUUUUUUUUUUUUUUGAGGGAUUUAUUGUGAUAUUAUCAUUGUGCAGUUUUUCCAGCUGCUUCCUUUAACCUCCAGCCUGGCAUCUAGGCACUUGGAAUUCUCAUGCUAAUCUUACCAGUUAAAGUAAAAUCAAAACCUCUUCUGUGUUUUUGUUGUGGUUAUGGGGUUUUUUUUGUUUGUUUGUUUUUCACGUAAAAAACUCCUGCAGCUUUCAGUGUAGUGCAAGCACUAAUUUGUAGAACAGCUAAAGUGGAAAUUCUUGUUUUGAAUGGCUGUAGGGCAGGAGACUUGCAUUUGGCCUGUCUGUAUUCUAACCAUUGGUAUAUCAUCAUGACACCUCUGUAUUAACCUGCUUAUUUUUAAAUUGAAUGAAUUCUCAUGUCUUUUAAAACUUUUUUUUACUAAAACAUUGGAUUACUUUU